AUGGCGGACGCGCACGUCAGCUCCAGAGAUGUGGAUGAGCACAUCAGCAGUCUGAAGCAGUGCAAAAUCAUCUCGGAGGACGCCGUCAAGGCGCUGUGCGAAAAGGCAAAGGAAAUCUUGAUGGAGGAGUCCAACGUGCACCACGUGCCGAUCCCCGCCGUGGUGGUGGGCGACAUCCACGGGCAGUUUUACGACCUGCUCGAGCUGUUCGACGUCGGCGGUCAGGUGCCCUCCGUGAACUAUGUCUUCAUGGGCGACUUUGUCGACCGUGGCUACUACUCGGUCGAGACGUUCCUGCUGCUGCUUGCGCUCAAG